AAAUACGAUUUUCUUUAGCAAUAUCUCAACCAUAUGCAGUUUAUACAGACAUUUCUUACUUUUAAGUUUUCGUGGGAAUUGACAGGAGCAAAAAGAUACAUCUGGGUAAAUUAAAUAGUGCAAGAGACUAACGAAAGAAACAAACUAAUAUUUAUCUCGACUGUGGAAUGGAUGCUGACGAUGUCAUGAAUUCUCUAAACAGUCGGUUUUAUUGAUUGGACUGACUAGAUGGUACGAAAACAGAUACUUUAUGUAGGACUAACUUCGCAAAAAAAGCAAUUUUGCAGUAUACUUACUUUUAUACUGUAUCGAUAUAUUGCGUAGUUAAAUAUUUUAAACAAGGGGUGGGGGAUCGGGUUGCAUCAAGUAUUGUGAUUUUACUUUCAUUUUAUUUCUUUUUCCUCUUUCAUUUAUCCCCCACCAAAAAAUAUUAUUUCUCCAGUUUUCUCUCGAUUCGGCUUAUGUUUUCUUUGUUUUGUGUGUACAUUCAACCGUUUUUACAUUUUCUUUUUUCUUUUUUACUUCUUUCUUCGAAUUUUGAGUUUCCUUUUGUUUUGACAUUAAUCUUGGUUCUAUUCCUUGCAAUUCAAUGAACAUUUCCCGAAAAAUUUCGUUUUUUGUUUUUUAUUUGCCUUCUUUCAGUUGUAGCUCAUUUCGACCUUCAUAUGGGGUGAAGUGGUUGGAGGCUUAGCCUUUAAAAAGGGUUUGCCUAGGUUACCUAUUCCUGUUGGUUACUCUCUAAUAAGCUGACUUGAUGAGGUUUCAUGUCGGGUUCGGGGCAAUUUCUUUUCUAGGUUUCAACGAAUCCGAAAUUGGCCGCAGCUGCUAGAAGAAGAGCCCUUCGCAGAAGUGUUGGAAACGACUUGGAGUACAAACGUUCUUUCUUUGUCCGCAUGGUCAGUGAUCCCAAAAUGUAUAACCCCAAAAUCGUAGCGAACUUGUCCUACUACUCGGAUUCUAAUCCAUUAACGGUUGCGUCAACCCAAGAUAAAAAAGAUACGCCAUCUUCUUGGAUCAGCUGGCCACUGGGUCUUCUUCUGCAAGGGGUAUUUGAUGACCAUUCGACCGCUAGACUUCGUUUCCGCAAUUGGGAUACCAAAGUAACUCUGAAACCAACUGGAUCGAAUCAUUACAACAGCACUCGACAAAGGUCAAAGUCUCCGUAUCGAGAUAUUGAUUCGACUGGUUCCAGCCGUUCUGAAUCCCCCGAAAAAUACUAGUAAUUCAAUAGAAAAGUUACUAUUGCUGUUUAAUCGUCGUAAAUUUCCGUGUUUUAUUCGAAAAUGACAAAUACAGGAAAUCAUAGAAAGUA